CGGCGGCGCCGGCGAGGGAGGAGGACGUGGGCGAGGGGGCUGAAGGUGAGGCGGCGGGAAAUCGCCCGGUGAGUCGCGAGAGCAGCCCACGUGACGGAGGGAAAAGUGGCGGCGGAUUCCUUGGUUUUCACUGUUUCGUUCCCAAAUCAGAUUCGACAGGGCAGACAUAUCCGGUUGUCUCCCGGAUUGGAUUGGCGUGGGAAGGAUCUACAUCAGAACGCGGCCGGAGUAGCCGCCGGAGCUGCCGCAGUCUUGGUCUCUUUGAUUUGCAGCUCCGGCCGCCCGUGUGAUCGUAGUCGACCUGCUCUGAAGCUGUGGUGUUCGUCUCUGUCCAUCCACAAUGGAAGCUCCGGUUCCAGAUUGGUCCGGGUUACCAGCGGACAUAUUGAUCAGCGUAUUCCAGUUGCUUGAGUGCCCGGACCUCCUCCGAUCCGCCGCCGUCUGCACAUUCUGGCAAAAGGCAUACUCCAUGUUCCGCCGCAGCGGCGUCUGCCCCAGUCAGCAGACCCCCUGCUUACUCUAUUGUACCGAGGCCGCCGGUGCGAAGGCUCUUGGCAUGUACAGUCUCUCCGAACGGAAGUCCUACUCCAUGCCCCUCCCUGAACCUCCCAUCAGCAACUGGAUUGGUUCAUCACAUGGAUGGAUAGUCACCAUGGAUGAGAAGUCUGACCUGAUGCUGCUCAACCCUAUCACCGGUGACAAGAUUACACUCCCUCCUGUGACAACCAUGGAGCAUGUUAAACCUAUCGUAAACGACGACGGGGUUCUUGAAAAGUACAAGAUGUCUUUCUACGACGGAGAGCUUCCGAGGGUGGAGGAUACACCCUAUGCAUGCCCUUUGGAUAGGUACGGAGAUCUGGUCUAUCUGAAGGCAAUUUUGUCGUCCGAUCCAUCGGCAGGGGAAUGCACUGUCAUGCUCAUCCAUCAGCCAUACGCUCAGCUCUCAUUCGCCAAAGUGGGAGAUGCUCACUGGAACUGGCUCCAAAUGCAUAGUUUCUAUGCAGAUUGCAUACACCAUGAUGGCUGUUUCUACGCAAUGACUGCGGCAGGCGCAAUCGAUGUGUUUGAUUUGAACGGAUCAUCUGUCGUCCACAGAAGGAUUUUACCAAAUCUAGUUCGGAUGCUCGAGAAGUGCUACAUUGUUCAGGCACCAUGGGGAGAUGUCCUCCAAAUCAUUAAGGAGGAGAGUUUGGAUCCUGAACAACCAGAUGGUGAGACAUAUGUCACUGCUUAUGAAGUGUACAAGGUUGAUUUUGUUGAGCUGAAGCGUGUCAAGAUGAGAGGGAUAGGUGAAUAUGCAUUGUUUACUGGGAAAAGCACAACAUCUUGCUUUAGCUUAAAGGAUCAUCCAGGCUUGAUGGCAAACCAUCUAUAUUUUACUCAUGAUGAUCACGACGAAUUACUCAGCGGCAAAGAUGAUCCACGUGACAUAGGAGUGUACGACUUGGAAAAUGAUACCAGAACCAAUUUGGUUGAUCCUGAACCCUGGAGGACGUGGUUCCCUCCCAUAUGGUGCACACCCAACCUUGCAAAAGCAGGAUUUCCAGAUGAUAAUGGUGAGGCGCAAUAGGAUUAAGCCCGAAGACAACGGCCAAUUGCUUCCUGAUAUUCUGUCUUGCGGCACUCUUUGCCGGUUCAUGGAGGGAGAAGUUGCCAAUGGACUUGCCGUGUGCUAGUCUUGUAGUAGUGGCCUUUUUUCUUUGAUGAUGAAGCUCGUCUCUGUGUAAUUGCUUUCUAAGUUUCGAAUUUCAAGUGGGCUAUGAGUCAACUCAUCCCCGGCGUCUGAUGUUGUGUCGUCUUGUACUACUACUAGGCUUUGAAAUUGACAAAAACUGGGGCACCCCUUUCAUUCC